UCGCCAUGGCGACAGGGCGCCUUGGGGUCGAGGAAACGUUAGGGGCCCUUAAUGCUGCCCUAGGACUUGGAGGCCCCUUGUGGUUCAAGGAAACACGCGCCCGCCACCUGCGUGCCCGAGACUUCCUGGCGCCACGGCGCGCACUAGAGGCGCGCUUCGGAGCCGAGCAGGUCCCCGAGCCUGUGGUCAGUGCCGUCGCCAGCCUGCAGGGCCCCGGCGUCGCCCCGGUGCAGCGCUGUGUGCCCACCCCCGCUGGCCUGGCACUCCAGCUGCAGCGGCCAGCCGUCUUCGAGCGCGUCCUCGGCUCCGUGGCUGCCUACGUCGUGCCCGCUGCGCCCUCCUCCCCGGGCCCGCGCGUCAUCCUGCACUGCCCAGCAUUGCGCUGCGCCCCCUGCACCCUCCGCCUGAGCCAGCUGCGUGCCAUUCUCGUGGCCGAUCACCUGGCGCGAGUCCUGCGCGCUCACGGGGUGAGCGUGCACCAGGCCCCUGCCACAUGGGACCCGCACCUGCAGACCUUCCUGCAGCAGCUGCGAGUGGAAUGGCCCGUUGCCCCCAGGAGAACAGCGACGGCGACCCUAAGGAGCCGCGUCCUUGCAGAGCAGACUUCUUCGAGUGGUGGGGAGGUGCUGCCGCCCAACGUCCUGGGCAGAGUGUGCCUGAAAGAGCUGAUAGAACAAGGCCCCUCAGCUGGCUAUGACCGCAACUUAGACCACUGUUUGGUGACCGAGGACCUUCUCUGCACACUGGCUGAGCUGCAGGAAGCCGUGCACAACUGCCGUGAGGACAGCUCCCCAGGCCUGGCCCGGCCCUCAGAUUGCAGUGUAGACAGUUGCGUUGUUGUGCACGUGGUAAGCUGCGAAGAAGAAUUCCAACAACAAAAGGCAGACCUGCUCUGGCGGAAGUUGGAUGAGCAGGCCCCUCGCAGACAGAAGCACCUGGUCUGUGGCCCGGUGAGAGUAGUUGGUGGAGCCAGGACACUGACUGCCCCGGAGUACUACAAGCUCCGACUUGCGCAGGCAUGCAAGGCCUCCGCACUCAAGCGCGGCGGGGAUCUGGCACGCGACCCAGCCUGGGCAGACAUCAGCCAGAGCCUCUCUGUGGCCACUGUCAAAUUUGAGAUGCUCAGCACAGCCCCCCAGAGUCAGCUCCUCCUGACGCUGGCCGACAGCGUUUCCACAAAGGGCACCAAGAGCGGCACUUUCGUCAUGUACAACUGUGCCCGCCUGGCCACACUCUUUGAGAGUUACAAGCGCAGCAUGGCGCAAGGCCUGUACCCCGCCUUCCCACCCGUCAGCAGCCUAGACUUCUCAUUGCUCCGGGACGAGGUGAGUGUCCCACCCAGGAGUGGCAUGUGCGGGGUCCCCGCCUUUUCCUCCCAGCACCCUCCUCUUCCUGGACAGGGCGAGUGGCUGCUGCUCUUCAACAGCGUUCUCCCCUUCCCGGACCUGCUGAGCCAGGCAGCAGGCCUGGCCUACGCAGCCCCAGGGCGGCACAUCGCAGCGCGCACGGAGACGAUAUGCAGGUUCCUGGUGCAGCUCAGCAUGGAUGUCAGCUCCUACUACAACCGGGUGCACAUCUUGGGGGUGAGCACACAACAGGAAAGGGGGCCCGGCGACCAGCCGGGUACAGGGGGAAGGGAGGGGACGCAGAGGAUAAGCGCAGUGGGCCCCUCCUCCUUCUCCUCCAGGAGCCCCGGCCACACCUCUUUGGUCAGAUGUUUGCUCGCCUGCAGCUUCUGCGGGCUGUGCGCGGAGUGCUGCAUGCUGGCCUGGCCUUGCUGGGCCUCCCCCCGCUGAACCACAUCUGAAGCAACAAGGUCCUGGGGUCCGGAAUGAACGUUCAUAAAAUCGACUGGAGCGAAAGGUGGGGUGGGGGAGAGGGAAGCCUCACAGUUUGCUAGAGGCCUUGAGCCAAAAUAAAUUUCUCUGUUACAAA